UCCGGUGUCUGCGAUUACGAGGCCUUCUGGUCUUGACUCCGCCAACUGGUUGGGUCUAUUUUUAGGGCCAGUUCCCUCGAGGAGCAGGUGCAGCUGCCUCAGAAGUCGCUGCAUAGAUGAUAUUCUUGGUCAAUGCGAACCAGUUGGUGGAACCCCAUCAUCAUUAUCUUCUGGGUCUUCUGAUGAUACGCCAUCAAGUAUCACUUAACUGGCACAUCAGCUUGAACGCUUCUCGUGGAUCACUUCUGCAAAAUGUCAGAUUUCAAAAAAUAUUUUAACCAUGGCAACAUGGUGGGUCUAGCCUGUGAUGAGGGCUUGGUACUGGCCACCAAUUCGAGGGAUCAUCUACUCUACCACCUGGAUGACAGCAUCUUCUUGUGUGCCCCACGAUCCGCCAACAAUCGCGAUAAAAUCCUACAAGUGUGUGCCCAGGUGGAAUACAUAACCCGAGAUCUAGGACAAACAAUUACGGUGGACCAAGUGCAGGAUAUGCUGAGCUGGAAAUACAAGGACGAGGAUUCCGUGUACACUCUAACAGCUGGUCAGGACGGCAGUGGCCUCCACAUCUACAGCUUGAAGUCGAGUAAGGGAUCGCGUAAAGUGAUGUAUGCAGUCAGGGGCACCGAGGAAGAUGACAUUCUGUCCUAUUUGCUGGAACACUGGAGGCAGGACUUGAAACUCAGUGAGGCUGAGCAGCUAGUUAGGGACUUACUCAAGUUGAACGGGAAUGACUACUUGGACCUGUGCGUCAUCUACAAAGCUGAGGAAAAAGAGUUCUUCGAUGGGCCUCAGAAGCAAGCAAUCGAGGGCUUCGAUGAAAACGGGUCUGACUGAUCGCAGAAGAGCCAUAUCUAUACAAUAAUUAAACGCACCAUUCCCAUUUCACGU